GGGAGGUGAAGUUCGAGACAGCCGAGCUGAUACCCUCCCGGCUGAACAGCCAAAUAGCCGACCUGUUCAAAGCUCCCCGGCCGCUCCGUCGCAUCCGUCAACAAGUGGCCGCUCUAAUGAGCCCCUCGCCAAACGCCAUGACGACAUUCGAUAACACUGCCGCAGCUGCCCGCGAUAGUCUGCUGCGUUACUUCUCGCAUGCCUCUGCUGAACCAGACCCGGGAACACCCGCUGCUUCAGCCGGAAUGCUGGCCGACACAGAAGCUGCUCUGCUGCGGACCAACACCAUCCUCGACCGCCGCCAGAGCGAUCAACUGCGCCAAUGGAUCUCAAGCCAUAGGACGGGAUUCGAAGGCGCCUCUGAAGACGACUUGCGACUCCUCCGCAUCAUCGACCGUGAAAUCAGCGCACUGGCCGCGGAAGCCGCAGAGUUCACUCCCUUGACCAAUCGGUUCGGCCAAUACUUCCGCAACCUGGCCGCCGAUGUCCUCAGGCAACUCCACAUACGACUCUGGAGAUUCAUUGAGUGCCCAGCGGCUGCCCUCGAGCUGCUUGUGCUUCGGGGCGGCACGCCGACGACUCUCGUUCGGCUCGCCGAGUUUGCUCGGUCGUAUGCCUCUGGAGCCGGAUCGCCUUCCAUAACCUGGUACGAUCACAUUCUGGCCGGCAACCUCGGCUCCGAAGACCCCUUGCUUGUGACUCUUGAAAGCAAAAUGCGACCGCCGCUGAAAUCGCCUCGGGCGACCCUCGAGGCUUGGAGGCAACGACUCUUCGAGCGUUUUGGGACCCACGCCGAGUUUGCCAGAUAUAUGGACUCGGUCGCCAGCUGCCGCCGAGUCGCCGAAGCCGUGAGCGCCGAGCCGAUCAUCAAAGCAUUCGCCGACCGUGAGCUCGUCCGCGGCCACCCUGGCCUCAAUCCCGAAGGUCUUCCUGCAGAGCCGGCCAACCUGGGCCAGAUCGACCCGUAUCUCAGCCAAGUGUUCGUAUCGCUAUGCACCAUCUCGAUGGGCAUGGACGAGCUGGCGAUCCUGCCGGCGGAUCCAGACGAUGGGUUUGCCGUCGGCGUCCAGGAGAUUCAUCAGCGCAUCGCCCCGGAACAGCACUCGCUCCUCCAUACCUAUCCAGCCGAAUUCCGGGCCAUGCGCAAGACCAGGGACCAGCACGACGGCCGGCUGCGAGUGUUCACCUUCUUGGACAGCCUCUCCGAAGGCCAGACUGAGCUGGGGCGGAGCCUGCUCUCUACCAGAUGUUGUGAGCCGCGGCUGCAGCACAGUGGCAUUGCCCGCUAUGAAAUCACCAAGGAUUACAUCGGCAGCAACAUAAGCCCGAACUGCGAGGACCAAGACGCCACCAACAGCCUCCGCAUCUCAACCUACCUUUUGUACGAAAAGGCAUUCGGGUCUGGACUGCUCUGCGGCGCAGCUGGAACCGCCUGGCAGAUGGCAGUGGUCUACCGAGCAGGCUUCAACAACAGACCCAAGGCCACCAAAGAUACGGUCAUCAGCUUCAUUCUCGCCAUGUGGCAGUACAUGGGAGUGCUCCAGCACACCCGCGCCGAGAUUGUGUGGGCAGUGGCGAACGAGCUGGAGGUGAGCGUCCUUGACGUCUUUCUCUAUUUCCAGGAACUGGACGCUCGCUGCAUCCAAUAGGCCGCGGGACGAGACGGCAAAGGACAGAACGUGCGCUCGCAAUCGAGAUUCCAACAGAGCUAUAUAUUCUGAUCCACUCGUA